AUGAGCCUCACGCCCAGGCCCAACCGCUUCUCCAGGUUUGUGGGGUCGGCCAGUGGCGCGGACGCCCUGGAUGCGCUCGCCGCUGUCGCCUCCUCCGCGCCGCACUCGCCCGCCGUGUCAAGGUCUGCGUCGGCGGCCAGGACAGGUUCUAAUGUCCCGGCUACCCCUAUUUCCUCCGGCUGUGCGUCUGUGCUUUGGCUAAAGAAACUCGCCCAGGAGCGACCGGAGACGGAGGACGAGGACCACUUUUUCGACUGCACAUCGAAAGAUAUGCCCACGACCGACGCCAUGAUGCGUGUUUUGAAGACCGACGACGUCUGGCUUAACAUUGUCAACACCACACGUGCCUUGUCCGAUAAACUGGCCGAGAAAACACCGGACCUUGCGGGGCCUGACCGGAAGAGGGAAGCCAUGGCUGUGUUUUUCGCAGCUUUCGAAAGCAUUCUCCUGAGAGAAGACGCAAGACUCAAAGCGAAAAAAGAGAAGCCUUGGGUCAUUGACAACCUGGGGAGGGCCACAUCCAUCCACAAGAGCCUUUUGCUCUGCUCGUGGGAGAUUACGUCAGCCUCAUAUGGCAGGAGAGAUUUGACUGUUUUCAAUGCCGCCAUUGAAGCGUUUGAGAUUCCAGCCUUCGAUAUUCUCAAGAUUAUCGAGCCUUUUGCUCGCUUGCCUGAUAUGCCAAGGCCGCUGGCAAGUCAUAUCAACCUUUGCGGAGUCAGGGUUCUCGAAUGCAUGGCCUGGACACCUGGGUCCAAACUAGUGAAAAAUCUUCGAGCUAGGUCCCUAGAAGUCGCGUCAAAGAAGAGCACGAAGCAAGCCUCGGAGAAUGGCAAAGACACAAAUGGGGCAGCAGCUGCAAGCAAAGAAGAGGAGGCCAACAAGCAAGACCCUCCGGUCCCAGAAAACGCAACGCGCGAGUUUGCGCUCGAAUUCUUCUUCAAGAAACUGCUCUCUGUGGCUUCUGACAGAGCACAAGAAUUGCUCAUUCGCCUCGGCAUGGAUCUCAUUGCCGAGCCCGUGUGGGCAGCGAUAAAACAUGCCGUUUGGGAAAAGUGGCAUUUGAUGGUGGACAGGCACAUUGACCAGAUCAUCAUGUGCUGCAUCUAUGGCGUUGCAAAAGUGGGAAUGUAUGAGCUCAAGUUUAGAGACAUCAUUCAAGCGUACCAGACUAUGGCCCAUGUCCGCGAGUCGUCGUUUUCUCACUACCUCCCAGGAGUCUUCCGGACCGUCUCCCUCAAGUCUCACCUUGACCUGAUGCCGUCUGGGGAUACGAGCCCCCCUCGGCCUGCUAGGAAUGGGGAUGUCAAAGGGGACCGAGGUGAUAUUAUCAAGCUUUACAACCAGGUAUUUAUCCAUGCGAUGAAGUCUCACAUCUUGGCGUUUCAAGUCCGGAAUGGCUCUCCAACCAGCAGGUCAGUCAGAAACUCGGUUGCCUCAGCCGCGUCGCCUGAUUUACAGAGAAAUCAAUCGACGAGUGCCACUUCAAUGCGCGGCUCGUGUAGCGAGAGCUCGGCAGCGGGCACUGCGGAGGGCAGUCAUUUACGCGACGAAAACAAGGAUCCGUUGAACGACAAGGUAAUGAGUUCCCCGAUGCGCGUGUUGCUCCCGCAUGCUUCUCCGCGACGAAUUGGUAGGGUCACAGUGUCCCCAAUGAGCCCGGGUGGGAGGUCCCUUGUCGCAAUUCGUCAGUCUCCCGGAAGGACAGGUGCUGGGUCUAUAAUAGGAAGUAUGACGCCCGGUACUCGAAAGCUGUACGCGUUUGGCGAGAGCCCCGUCCGAAGCCUCGAUAGGAUCAACAGGUCUCUUGUCCAGGAUUCCUCUGGUGGCAUGUCAGGACGAAACAUCAGCCGCAGAGCUGUCCCUCUCAGCUUUGAAGGCAGCGGGGUCGGACAGAGAACAGCUUCUGUGCGGAGGCGCUUUGCUGAUGUGCUUAGUAAGCGGUCAUUGCGGCAAACAAUGACCUCUGUGCGGUUCGGUUCUGUAUCGGAAGGAACACAAAGUGUGGCGAGUGGUUCCGACGCAGUUUUUAGAUCCAACGGUUUGGAGGGUCGAGGCACGGUGAAGGAUGAUGAAAGUGCCAAGGCUGGUGCAUGA